CUCCCCUAGCCCCUAUAAAAAUCCAUUCAACCUCGUCGCUUUAGAACCCCAAAGAACGCCAGUUUCCUAUAGAGAAAUUGUCUAAUGGAGUUUUGGACGAGGUUGGCGUCUAUUAUGGGGGUGUGGGCUUUCUGCCAGAGCUUUCUGCAAAUACUUUUCCCGCCGGAGAUCCGAUGCGCCUCCGUGAAAUUGCUCCAUCGCCUCUGCAACUGUUUCUCAUCGUACUGCUACUACGACAUAACUGAGAUUGACGGCGUGAACACCAACGAGCUGUACAACGCUGUCCAGCUGUAUCUUAGUACCUCGGCCUCGCUGUCGGGGAAUCGGCUCAGCCUCACGCGCGGGAUAAACUCCACGGCGAUUACGUUCGGCCUGUCGAACAACGACUCCCUGUGUGACACGUUUGCGGGCGUGAAGCUGGUGUGGGAGCACAUCGUCACGCCGCGCCACUCGCAGAGCUUCACGUGGCGGCCACUCCCGGAGGAGAAGCGAGGGUUUCUCCUCUGCGCCAGGAAGAGGGACAAAGCCACCGUGCUAGGGCCGUACUUGGAGCACAUCAUGGAAAAGGCGAACGAGAUUCGGAGGCUUAGCCGUGACCGUCUCCUCUUUACUAACUCCCGUGGCGGCUCUCUCGACUCGCGCGGCCACCCCUGGGAGUCCGUCCCGUUUAAGCACCCUAGUACUUUUGAUACGCUGGCCAUGGACCCUGUUAAGAAGGAGGAGAUCAAAGCGGACCUUAAAGAUUUCGCAAACGGGGAAGCUUUUUACCAGCGGACCGGGAGAGCUUGGAAGAGGGGCUAUCUUCUGUACGGCCCUCCCGGGACUGGGAAGUCCAGCAUGAUCGCCGCCAUGGCUAAUUUCUUGGGGUACGAUAUCUACGAUAUGGAGUUGACUGAAGUGCACACCAAUUCUGAGCUCAGGAAGCUCCUCAUGAAAACUAGCUCCAAAUCUAUCAUCGUCAUCGAGGACAUUGAUUGCUCCGUCAACCUCACUAACAGGGAGAAGAUGAACGGCGGAGGGUGCAGUACGAGGGAGUACAGUUCGGCGGGCGCCCAGGGAGGCGAGGACGGCGGGAACAGGAUAACGUUGUCCGGUUUACUCAAUUUCACGGACGGAUUAUGGUCGUGCUGCGGGAGCGAGAGGAUCUUCGUGUUCACGACCAACCACGUGGAGAAACUGGACCCCGCAUUGCUAAGGAGCGGGAGAAUGGACAUGCACAUCCACAUGAGCUACUGCAACUUCCCAGCUCUCAAAAUACUCCUCAAGAAUUACCUAGGGUUCGAGGCAGCAGAGCAGGAAAAGGACGAGGAAGAGGCGCUCCGCCAGCUGGCGAAGGUGAUAGACGCGGCGGAGAUGACGCCGGCGGAUGUAAGCGAGGUGUUGAUCAGAAACCGGAGGAACAAGGGGAGGGCACUUUGGGAACUGGUGGAGGUUUCAAGGAUGAGGGCGGAGAGGAAUACGGGAAAGAAAGGCGGGGAAAGGAACUCCGGUGCCGGAGAUAAUGUGUUUGAAGAAGAAGACGAAGAGCAGGAGAAGAGGGCAUUGGAGAGCCCAAAACGAAACGGUAAAUUUCCAGAAGAAGAAGAAGAAAACGUUGAUGAAAAGUUGCAUUCAAAUUAGUCCUUAUUUUCAAAUAACAUUUAAACCUACUCUGCUACUUAAUUUCAACUCCGAUCCAAUAUCAAAUGUCUGUUAAUGGCUAUUACUGUUGAGGAAGGGGUAGCUAAUAGCUAGUGGUAGUGGGAGGGGAACAUGAAUUGAAGAAGCUAAGGAAAUUAAAGACAAGCAAAGCAGAAUGUUAAUGUUAAUGAUCAUGUUUGAAAUUUUGUAUGGAGAAAACAUAUGACUAUUAUUAAUCAA